AGCAGGCUUUGUGAUUUGCCUGGGAUCUUGCUGGAUAUCUAGUGAGUUCCCACUGGCAAUGCCUGAAAUUGGUGAUGGUGAUGACUCCUAACAGAUGCCACUUUAUAAACAUCUCUGAGGUGGCUAAUUUUUAGUUCAUUUAUUGACUUAUUGGUGCAGGACAAUUGUGGUACUAUAAGAAACUCUAAAGAAAUAUGUAAGCAUCUUCUGUAUAGAUAAACAGAAAACACAUUUUCAAUACUCAAAGAAUGAAAUCACACUUGCUUCUUUUUUUCUCCUGAUUGAAAGAAGACUGAGGAUCAUACAUACAACUUUUUUAAAAGGUGGUUGAAUCCUUUAUUUAUUAUUGGCCAUAAACGGAAGCUUGAAGAAGAUGAUAUGUAUAAAGUGCUGCCAGAAGAUUCCUCAGAGAAGCUUGGAGAGGAAUUGCAGUGGUACUGGGAUAAAGAGGUGCAAAAAGCAAAAAAGAGAGGAAAACCGCCACAUUUAACAAAAGCCAUUAUUCUUUGUUACUGGAAAUCCUAUUUAGUUUUUGGAAUUUUCACAAUGAUUGAGGAAACCCUCAAAAUAAUUCAGCCAAUAUUUUUGGGAAAAAUUAUUAAUUAUUUUGAAAACUAUGAUUCCUCAGAUGAGGUAGCUUUGAAUUUUGCAUAUUGCUACGCAGCUGCUCUGUCUGUGUGCACGCUUAUUCUAGCUAUAAUGCACCACUUAUACUUCUAUCAUGUACAGCGGGCUGGCAUGAAGCUGAGGGUAGCUAUGUGUCACAUGAUUUAUCGGAAGGCACUUCGUCUCAGUAACGUAGCUAUGGCAAAAACUACCACUGGUCAAAUAGUGAAUCUCCUGUCAAAUGAUGUGAACAAAUUUGAUCAGGUAACAAUUUUCUUGCACUUCUUGUGGGCUGGACCAAUUCAAGCUGUAGCAGUAACAGUACUUCUCUGGAUGGAGAUAGGCCCAUCGUGUCUUGCAGGAAUGGCAGUUCUCAUUAUUCUUCUUCCUGUCCAGACCUGCAUUGGGAGGCUUUUUUCUUCCCUAAGAAGCAAGACAGCUGCCUUAACAGAUGUCAGGAUUAGGACCAUGAAUGAAGUCAUAAGUGGUAUGAAGAUAAUAAAGAUGUAUGCUUGGGAAAAAUCAUUUGCGGAACUUGUGAAUGGUUUAAGAAGGAAGGAGAUUGCCAUGGUUAUGAAAAGCUCCUACCUUCGAGGACUGAACUUAGCCUCAUUUUUUGUGGCAAGCAAAAUAACAGUGUUCAUGACUUUCAUGGCAUAUGUACUACUUGGCAAUGUUAUCUCUGCAAGUCGGGUGUUUGUUGCAGUGUCCCUGUAUGGUGCAGUAAGACUGACAGUAACUCUGUUCUUCCCUUCGGCUAUUGAGAGAGUAUCCGAGGCAGUGGUUAGCAUACGACGAAUCAAGAACUUUCUGAUACUUGAUGAGAUCUCACCCUUCAAGCCACAACUGCAUGGUAAUAAUGAGAAUGUCAUUCUUCACGUUCAGGAUUUGACUUGCUAUUGGGAUAAGAGUUCAGAAAGCCCAGCACUUCAACAACUUUCAUUUACUGUCAGACGAGGGGAAUUAUUGGCUGUGAUUGGUCCUGUAGGAGCUGGCAAAUCUUCGCUCUUAAGUGCUGUGCUUGGUGAGCUACCUAAAGACAAAGGUUUGAUAAAUGUUACUGGAAGAAUUGCCUAUGUUUCUCAGCAGCCUUGGGUGUUUUCUGGUACAGUAAGAAGUAAUAUACUGUUUGACAAGGAAUAUGAAAAAGAAAAAUACGAAAAAGUUUUAAAAGUCUGUGCUCUUAAAAAGGACUUGGAAUUAUUAGCAAAUGGUGACCUAACAGUAAUAGGAGAUCGUGGAGCUACGCUGAGUGGGGGACAGAAAGCCCGUGUAAAUCUGGCCAGAGCUGUGUAUCAAGAUGCAGACAUCUAUCUUUUGGACGAUCCACUGAGUGCAGUAGAUGCGGAAGUUGGAAGACAUUUGUUUGAAAAAUGUAUUUGUCAGGCCUUACAUCAGAAGAUCUCUGUUUUGGUUACUCACCAGUUGCAGUAUCUCCGUGCUGCAAAUCAGAUUCUAAUUUUAAAAGAUGGUAAAAUGGUGGGGAAAGGUACCUAUUCAGAGUUCCUGAGAUCUGGCAUCGACUUUGCUUCCCUUUUGAAAAAAGAUGAGGAGGUAGAACAGCCGUCAGUUCCAGGAACUCCCAACCUGAAGUCUGUCCGGAGCCGAACCUUCUCAGAGUCCUCUGUCUGGUCCCAGGAUUCUUCUGCCCACUCACAGAAAGAUGGAGCAGUGGAGCAACCACCUGCUGAAAACGCACUGGCUGCAGUGCCAGAGGAGAGUCGCUCUGAGGGAAAAAUAAACUUCAAGGUUUACAGAAAAUAUUUCACUGCAGGAGCAAACUACUUUGUGAUUUUCAUACUUCUAGUAUUCAAUAUUUUGGCACAGGUGGCAUACGUGCUCCAGGACUGGUGGCUUUCUUACUGGGCAAAUCAUCAAGAAAAGUUGAACGUCACAACAAAUGGAGAUAAUGGAGCAAAUGAGACUGAACAUCUAGACCUUAACUUUUAUUUGGGAAUUUACGCAGGUUUAACGGUGGCUACAAUACUGUUUGGCAUAGUAAGAAGUCUUUUGGUGUUUCAAGUUCUUGUUAAUUCUGGUCAGACGUUGCACAACAAAAUGUUUCAAUCCAUUUUGAAAGCUCCCGUCUUGUUUUUUGACAGAAAUCCUAUAGGAAGAAUCUUAAAUCGUUUCUCCAAAGAUAUUGGCCACCUGGAUGACUUGCUUCCAUUGACAUUUUUGGACUUCGUGCAGACUCUCCUACAGAUUUUUGGUGUGGUGGCUGUGGCUGUGGCAGUGAUUCCUUGGAUACUCAUCCCCUUAAUUCCACUAUUUAUUCUUUUCAUUUUCCUUCGACGAUAUUUUUUAGACACUUCAAGAGAUAUUAAACGUCUAGAAUCCACAACUCGAAGUCCAGUGUUCUCCCACUUGUCGUCAUCCCUCCAGGGACUUUGGACUAUUCGGGCUUUGAAAGCAGAGGAAAGAUUUCAAAAAUUAUUUGACGCACACCAAGACCUCCACUCAGAGGCCUGGUUUCUAUUUUUGACGACCUCGAGGUGGUUUGCUGUGCGUCUGGAUGCCAUCUGUGCCAUUUUUGUUAUAGUGGUUGCUUUUGGUUCCCUGCUUCUCGCCAAGACUUUGAAUGCAGGGCAGGUUGGUUUGGCACUAUCCUAUGCAAUCACCCUCAUGGGAACAUUCCAGUGGGGUGUUAGACAAAGUGCUGAAGUUGAAAACCUGAUGAUAUCAGUAGAAAGAGUAAUGGAAUACACGGAACUUGAAAAAGAAGCUCCUUGGGAGACCAACAAGCAUCCACCACCUGAAUGGCCAAGCCAAGGAAUGAUAGCAUUUGAAAAUGUUAACUUCACUUACAGUCUAGAUGGACCUUUGGUGUUAAGACAUUUGUCUGUUUUAAUUAAACCAAAAGAAAAGGUUGGAAUAGUGGGAAGAACCGGAGCUGGGAAAAGCUCUCUGAUAGCAGCCCUCUUUCGCUUGGCGGAACCCGAAGGAAGGAUUUGGAUUGAUAAGUACUUGACAUCAGAGCUAGGACUCCAUGACUUGCGGAAGAAAAUUUCAAUUAUACCUCAGGAGCCUGUUUUAUUCACUGGAACUAUGAGGAAAAACUUAGAUCCUUUCAAUGAAUACACUGAUGAGGAGCUGUGGAAUGCCUUGGAAGAGGUGCAACUGAAGGAGGUUGUGGAAGAUCUACCUAAUAAAAUGGAGAUGCAGCUGGCAGAAUCUGGGUCUAAUUUUAGUGUUGGUCAGAGACAGCUGGUGUGUCUUGCCAGAGCAGUUCUAAAAAAAAAUCGGAUCCUUAUCAUUGAUGAAGCAACAGCAAAUGUGGACCCAAGAACAGAUGAGUUCAUUCAAAAGACGAUCCGUGAAAAGUUUGCUCACUGCACAGUGCUGACCAUUGCACACCGCUUGAACACCAUUAUUGACAGUGACAGGAUUAUGGUUUUAGAUGAAGGAAGACUGAAAGAAUAUGGUGAACCUUACAUUUUGCUGCAAGAACAAGAUGGCUUGUUUUACAAAAUGGUGCAACAAGUGGGCAAGACUGAAGCGGCUUCUCUGAUUGAAACAGCAAAACGGGUGUACUUCAGUAAGAAUUACCCAGAAGUUGUUCAGAAUGGUCAACUUGCUACAGACUCCUCCUUGGAUCCUUCCUCAGGAUUAUGCAUAACCGAAACUGCACUGUGAUUCCUAAUAACCUUAACUGUUUUCCAUUGAAUGUAAACCUGAGAUCAUCUAAACUCAGUGACAAUGUUUGCAAGUGUCAACAGGAGAAGAAAGGGAGGGGGCAAUUCUUUGCACUGGACAUCCUUCCUAUUUAAUACUGAGAAAAAAAUUUUCACUGUCCCUCUUUCUUUAAUUUCAGUGCAAUAUGUUUUCCUUUCCACCUAAUUGUUUGUACUGCUAAGGAUAUUAGGCAGACUCAGCUUUUAUUUGAAAGUUAUGUGGUAGAGAUCUCUUUUAUUUAAACAGGUGCAGGACACCUAACACGUCUAGGACACCUAACAGGUCUAGGGUGCAUAUUUGGAGCUCAAUAAAAAAAAUUGGAAUGUGUCCUUUUUUCUCUUUUGGAAAUAUUUUGAGACCAAGCAAAACCAAAUUUUUUUCAGUGUCACUUUAGCACGACAGCUGUGUCUAAACAGCAGAUUCAGUAGUGUACAACUUAGUUGUCCGGUGCGACUCUUUCUCCCUGUCAUAAGUAGCUAUGCAGGUUGGUAGAAAAAAGAACUGAUCAAGCCAAAAAUACUUUUUCUUUUUGAUAGCAAAAAGUACUAUAUACUUAUUUUUUUGAUAAAUAAUUCAAGUAAUUCUGUUCAAGAUGAAUGUAAAUAUUACUUUUAUUUUGCUAAAAUCUGAAUGCUGAAGAAUCAAUCUCAAUCUUCUGUACUUUAGAUGAAAAUUACCACAUUUGCACUGAAGAAAUAUUUAAAUAAUUUAACAUACAUUCCUCUUUUUAUCCAGGUUAUCAAAGAAAAAAAGGUAUUAAAAUAACUUGAGGAAAUGUUUGAAUGACAUGUCAUUAUACCUAAAUGCCGUGUAGUACAAAGUUAUCUUCAACACAACACAUUGAAAUGUAUACAUUAUUUGCAUUUAUUGUGCCUUAAUAUUUGUGCCUUCAAGCCAAAGCUGUAACUGCAGGGUACACAACAAAUUCAUUAAAUUUAUGUUAAAAAUGUGUAACCUUAGUAUAUUUAAAGUUUUGCAUCAGGGGUUCUGUUGAACUCAAGCUGUUUGAAGUUGCCAUCCUACCAGAAUAGGUAGGAGAGUACAACCUGUAGUUUUGAAUGGCUGUUGCUGAUAGUGAGAGGAAUGCAGUGAGAGAGAGAGAUUUGGUAUUUGUAAGUUAUGUCCUGAUUCAGCAAAGUACUUUAACACAAAGGCACUAUUCCUAUUUUUAAAAAAAAAAAAAAAAAAUCAAGUGCUGUGCUGCUUCAGGUUUUUUCAUGUUUAGUGAGAUACCUACUCUUUGAGGACUAGUAGAAAAUAAAUCUAUUCAUCUUACUGUUUAAAGGGCACAGAAGAGACUAAAAGGCAACAGAUCUCUUCAGGACAUGUGCCUUUUGAAAAAUACUGAAGAUGCUUGCUCUUACCUUUGUAAGAGAAAUGUUAUUUACCCAACGUUCACCCAGUGGUCUAAAAGUACGGCAAACACAAAUGUUUCUUGUUUCAAACAGUUCUGCCAGCAAAUAACCAAUUCAAAUACAAAAUCACUCUCUCCAUGGCGAGAAGUAGAUUGAGGCCAAAGCCUGUGCCUCAGGACAAGGGCUCAUCUAGGAGAACUUUGUCCUGCUCAGGAGUCAGCCCAGCAGUGAGAGGCAGAAUCCUCCUUCCCCUGGUGAGUGGUGGGGAAAAACAAACACCAGGCGUCUGGUUUGGCUGGUAACGUCCUCUUCCAUCCUUAGCAGGCAGUUACAAAAUGAAAUGCUCUUGUCCCUAGCUUGCUUUUGGCAGGUUCUGACACUUCCUUCUGCGGUGCGUAGCACCUUACACUAUAACAAAUCCCAUUGAGAUCAGUGGAACUGAACUUCAGGCGGUGAUGCGCAGCAUGAGGCUUGUGCUACAUCUGGUGCUAAAUAGCAGGCGGUCAGGGACAGCUACCUGUCCCCAAAGCCGCGUGGCACAGAUUGGCUCACGUAAGCAGUGCUUAUGGCUAAUCCUUCUUAGAGCACGCCAGCCACAUCCACUGUUCUAUAUCGUUUGGCCCUUCGUCGUCUCCGGGCUCACGCAGUCCACUUACAGACCUAGCACACAAUUACCAUCUAGUGUGUUUUCUUAUGGUUUCCUUUGCAAUUCAAAUGGUCUGAAAUAAGGAUAGGGCUAUUCUGCAGCUCAGUAGGGUGGUGUUUGCAUUGCAGAAGUAUGUGAAGAUGUACGGAAGUGUUUGAGUGUGUAAAAUCACGUGGGAUAGUGCUGGGGGACUGUGUAUCAUGAAGAAAGUUCAACCUUGCAUGGUCUUGUCUGUAACUGCCUUUUUGGAAGGGACCCACAGUGUGAACCAUGUCCAAACUCUGCUCAAGCUUUGUCAUGGAGAGACCUGGCUGCAGUGGUCCAAAACAGAGCUAGGGUGAGCUGACCAGUAAGGCAGUGUAGACACUUAAUGGAGUAUGGUGCUUGAGUUUAUUUGUUUACAUUUUAUUGAGCAGGGUGGACACAUCCAGAGUCUAACUGUGUUUUAAAAUGGCGAAUUCUUUUAUUUCUAAAUAGUUAGUUCUUACAAGAGAGUAAGUAUGAUGUAUAAUACAGUGAGACUUUUAAAUACUCUAGCAGAACAGUACGUUCUCCUGGCCAUAUACCUUGAGUUUAUUUUUUUUUUUAUCAGAACUAAGGAGAUAUGCAUGCGUAAACCAAGGGUAUAAUUACAGUUUUAGUUCAUUUCAGCUCUGAAAUGAAUCUAUGGUAAGUUAUAUUUCAGAGCAGAGCUCCAAAACGCUGGCUGCUGCAGACUCACUGGUAUGAGACCCUGACAGAUCUAGCUAUCAGUCUAUAAGCUAGAAUUAAUUUGAUCCUGUAGCUUUUUGAAUGUGCAAAAAAAUGUUAGGUAUCUCUGAAAAUGCUGAUUCUGCUUCUUCACGUGUUUUGGCAGGACAUUACUAGCUGUAGGUAUCAAAUAUCAAUAUAAGAGAAAACAAAUUUUUUACAACAUCACACUUGAAACCCAUAAAUUGCUGAGUGGAACAACUGAUAGCGAGACAUUCGUUUCUGUCAUUGGCAUUAUAUCAUCUUUUUAGUUUAAAGUAACAAAAAUAUUUUAAUCAGGAGAUUGUUUUUUAGAUUCUUUUGUUGGUUUUGUUGUUGAUAGCUGUUUUGUUUAGAUGACUGUUGGUUAAGAUUGACUGACCCGUUUAAUUUCAGUUGAGUAAAAAAGUGCAAUGUACCUGAAUGGCAAAACUCAGAUCAGGGAUGAGAAAGGGCUUCCUUUGGUGAAAGUCUCGGUCUGUUGAAUGGACAAAUUAUCUUGCCAGCAAGGUGUUUUAUGUUUCCUUUUAAGGAAAACUUCAAAUAGUUCUAAACUUCCACUUUGAAAAUUUUCAUGCUUUAUUUGGAAAUAGCAAAGCUAGUUACUAUAAGCUACAUUCCUUCCUGGGGUUCUUGGAAAAAGAACUCGGUCUUCUGAGUUAUUCAAGCCUUCAAAAUAUUUCUUCACCAUGAGGUGCCUUAAAGUAUUCCAGAGUUCUAUUUCUAAGAAAUAUAAUUUUAUACAGCAAUACUGAAAAUCAUCAGUUACAGAACUGUUUGUUUGGUGUAAAAGACUAGGAACAGCCUCUACUUCUGAUCUCAAGAAUUGUUCUUCAGGCAUUCAUUUUGGUAUAUCUUUGCUCCACCCCUCCUCAAAAGACCACUGGGAGAGUCAAAACCAACACAGUUCUCAAGGAUAGGUUAUCUCGUGUUUUGCUUAUUUUAAGGGCAAAAUUGUCUUUAGUGAACUGAACCAGAACUCAUUUGCCAGAUACGCGUAGUCUUCUGCGAUACCAUUCACACUGCCCUUUGGAAGAGGGAGGGCCUUCUUCUGACCAACAUCAGUAAUGCUGGUUGCUUAACUGAUGUUGACAGUUUCUUUUAACCUUCCCAAUACCUGUUUAAAGUAAGAUUACAAAAGGAAUCAGAAGGGGACAAAAGAUCCAAAUGUUACAGAAACUUUCCUGAAAAUGCUGCUUUUUGUGUUAAUGUGACCUUUUGAAAUAUCUCACUUUAAAGUUUGCUUCUUGGGGGGGGGGGGGGUCGGGGGGGGCAGAAAGAGUUGAAAUCACUUAUUCCCUGUGAUGGCGAUGAGCAUCUGACACUAGCAGAAGAGUGUGGCUUUCUGUAUGUUUUACGUUGUGUAACAGCGCACUGCUUUUUCAUCAUUUUAACUCUGGUUUUGUUUUGGUUUUUGCAUUUGUGUAAUAAUUUGAUUCUGGUAUUGCUACAGAAUGAUUUCUUUUGUUGACGUUCAUGUGACAGCUCCUGUCGUACAAUAAAAGGUGUUUCUCAGAA